UAGUCAGUCAAUUUAACAGUUUACAGUAAGAUAGUACCUACUGAGUAAAGUACAAAACAGCUACAAGAGCUGUUUAAACAAACUGCUAGAUUUGCAUCUAUAUUAUUUUUGGGAAAUAGCUUAAAAAUUAUAAUAAAAACAUUUUUAAAGAAUGAAUUUGAAUCCACUAUGUGUUUUAAACAGACAUCUGACAUCAGAGAGCCACCCUCCGGCAAUUUACGACUUUAAGGAAAUUCAAGGUGAUACUCGGUUUUACUUGUGUUUUGUAGAAGCUGGGGGCCAAACUGCCCAUGGAAUAGGGCAGUCCAAGGAAGAGGCUAAAGAAGACGCCGUAAAGAAUAUUUUGCCUCUAUUCGAAAUCGAUCUGGAUACUAGCGAAGAGCUUCCUGACAUUGGUACAUUAUCCCUUGAAAAAGCAGACUCUUCGAUGUCUUUUAUGAACUAUAUAGGAAGACUAACUAGGCAAGCUUGUCGAAAUAAAUAUGAUUAUCCUAGAUAUAGCUAUAGAGACGAAAGAGACCACAACAGUCAGUUUGAAGUAAAAUGUUUCUUUAAUGGCCUGGUAUCGGUUGGAUAUGGAUAUUCGAAGAGAAGUGCCAAGAAACAGGCAGCCAGAAAAAUGUUAUCCAAGGUACAAGAGAAUGGAUUUAAAGCGCUUCAUUCAAGCUACCCUUUACUUGUGUCUUUACAUAAUGGGUGCGAGGGUCAUAAUAAUUCUAUUUCAAAUGCUGUUUCUGAAAAUAACAAUUUAAUUAAUACAAUAUCCAAUAAUAAAAACUAAUAAUCUAUUACAAGGAA